AUGCCUUCCAUAAUCCAAACAGCCUUCUUCUUCGAAGCCCUCGUGAACGUCCCUGCCAUAAUCUCCCUCAUAUUUUACCCCGAGUCUACCCUCCGCCCCGCUCUUACUACAAAUGCUUCCUUCUCAGCCGCUGAGCUCAACCGGACUGCGACGUUCAUAGCCCGCUGCGCAGGCGUCCUCAUCCUGGCGCUUACACCGCAACUACUGCUCGCAUUGCCAGACUCGAAAGAUUGUGUCGGGAAACGAAAGCAAGUCUACUGGACAUUAGGCCUCGGAGAGUUUGGUCUUAUCCCGCUCUUCCUAUGGGAAGCUUUUAGGGCCAGUGAUCAGGACAAGCUUGAUUGGCGAGGAGGCUUGACGAAAAGAGCCGCGUUGCUAUGUGCGGGCAUGUUGAUCCCGCCUUUGGCUUGGAGAGUGUUUGUGUUUGGAUGGAGGGAACAUUGGUUCGGACUGGAAGGCGGUCGUGGACGGGAAAAUGGAACGUCAAUAAAUCAAGCCGAUGCAGAUGAUCUGGUCAGGAGUUGGAAUUUAGGGCGGAAGGAGCAGUGA